UUACGAUUGGACGAAGGUAUAAAAGCCAGUACCAUGAUGUAUUAUAGCGUCAUUCCUUCUUGUAUCGUCACGAAGAAGGCUGCUUUUCACAAGUUGGAGUUCAAAUAUGUUCUACUUACUGUUCCUGGUCUGCCUGACCGUGGCAACCGGCCACACUUUUAAUACCGUUUAUUCAUGGAAGCAGGUCGAAUUCAAACUUCCAAAUGAUACCAUUCAAAACGAGCACAUAAUUUCCGGUGAUUAUAUCCCGGAAAAUAACAUGCCAUUAGGUUUGGCUAUUUGGCACGAAAAAAUAUUCACCACGAUACCGCGAUGGAAGAAAGGUGUUUUAGCUACUUUAAAUAGCUUUUCAAUGAGCGAUAACGAACAUAGCCCAAUCUUCACACCGUAUCCUGAUUUUGAAACAAAUAAUAUUAGUUCAUCUGAUGGCCUCGUAAAUAUAUUUCGUAUCAGAAUCGAUGCUUGCGAUCGCAUGUGGGGUCUUGAUACAGGAGUAGACGACAUUUUAGGAGACUACAAAGUUGUGCGACCGAUGAGACUUAUUGUCAUCGAUUUGAAAACAAACAUGAUUAUACGUAAAUAUACUUUAAAAGAUACGGAUGUAAAGCCGGAGAGUUUUAUUGCUGACCUUGUGGUCGAUGUUAUACCUGGACAAUGCGACAAAGCAUACGCAUAUAUGAGCGAUUUAACCGAAUAUGGUAUAGUAGUGUAUAGUUGGGAAAAAAAAGAUUCUUGGCGGAUUAAUCAUCAUUUCUUUCAUUUUGAUCCGUUAAACGGUAAUUUCAAAAUUAACGGCUAUAACUUCCAAUGGACUGAUGGCGUUUUCGGAAUGUCACUGUCACCGAUUUGCCCCAACGGAAGUAGAACUCUCUAUUUUCAUUCUAUGUCUGGUAUUACGGAAUUUUCUGUGGCUACAGAUAUUCUUAAGGAUAAUAAAUCGAACAAAUCAGAGAUCUAUGACAAUUUCCACAUUGUUGGUACCAAGGGGCCGUUAACACAAGGACCAUCUUCUAUUAUUGAUCAGAAAACUUGUGUCAAUUAUUUUACUCAAGUAAACAGAAAUGGGAUUGCAUGUUGGGAUAUGACAACGGAAUUGAAUCCAGAUACAUUUAAAUUGGUGGCACAAGACAACACGACAUUGGUGUUUCCUCAGGAUAUAACAAUCGAUAAUGUGUCUCGAAAAUUAUACGUGCUCUCUAAUAAUUUACAAAAAUUCAUGCAGCAUAGCUUCGAUCCGUCAACAACAAACUUCUUCAUUACUUCAACUGAUCUCGAGACAUUAACAUCUUUGUGCAAAGCUAAUGCAGCGCAAUGAUCAAAGUCAGGAAGAGAGACAUUUAAUUAUAUACACAUGCAAUAAAUUGAUAAACAUAUUAUAGAUUCUGCUUUAUAUUUGCAGACUAUAAAAUAUCUGUAUGUUUCUUAAGUAGUUACAUUAUUUCCUACAUUUAUUUUACACUUUCAACUAUUAACUUUUUAACGUGUUAUUAAGAUGUAUAAGAUCAGAUGUAUGAUUUGACUUCUUUUCAUUUAAUUGAAUAAAAAAAAUUUCUAUAUAAUUUCUUAAAAUGUCCAGUAAGCAAUAAAGUUCUUUCUAGCAAAUGAAAGAACAUGUAUGUUAUAUAAACUUGUUACGUUUCCUUUUAAUUUCUUUAAUAAAAUCGAUCAUACAUA